AAAGUAGAGUGAGGAGAAUGGAGAUCGGAUGGACAUUCCAAGUCGCCCGAAGUUGCACAUCAAAUAAAGAUAACAUUUCCGUUUCUCUUCUCUGCUCUCUCUAGGGUUCUUACAUUUUUCUCGCUUGCACAAAAUAAGACUCGCUUAAUUUGCGACCAGAUCAGGAAGCGUAAUGGAUCUAGAGGUGGUGGGACGUCAUGCGCUGCUUUUUGACGACGACGUCACGGCGUCUUUCGUGAAUUCCGGCGACGCCCUCGUCGAUUGGCACUCCCUCCAAAUCGACCGGUAUGACGUUCGUCACCUACUCGCCGCCCCUCCUCCGCCCCGUCGCCGCAGUCGCAACCCUCAAUCUAUUUUCUCUGAAGACCCCGCCCUUGAACCUCAACUCGAUCAUGAGCGAUAUCUUGAUCUCCCUUCUACUCCUGAUCAACCAGGUAUAGUGUAAUUUCCUUUCUUUUCCAUUUUCUUGAGCUAUUUAUUUUUUUUGCAAUCUUUGUUUAUUGUUUUUAAGGCAUCAGAGAUGCUGUUUAUUUUCUUGAAGGGAUAACUAUUUAGGGGAGCUUGGGAGGGGAUUUCCGAGAGCUUUUUCUGGUGAAUUGUGUCACUGAAAAUUUCUAAAUAAAGCACCAAAAGACAAUGGCAAUUGACAAAGUUUUUCUCAAGCUUAUGAAAGAGAUACUGAAUGACACGGGGAAACACAGUUCUUCCGGAUGCCAGCUAAAUUAGUAGAUACUCUGCAGUUCUAUAUAUUGAAGAAGAUGCGGGUUGCCUUCAAUUAUUAUUAAUGUAUUUCUAUCACAAGCUGUGGUAGAGAAUAUGGCACCACAAUCUGAAUCCAUUUAUUCAAUUUUCAACAAGAAGAUUGAACUUCUCUUCAGUAUUAAGCAAAAACCCGUAUUAGGAGUUAAGGAUGCAGUAAUGAAAAUGGAAAUUUGCAUGGAGAUUGUGUUUCUGGAGGUGGUGUAAUAUUUUGGUGAAAUAAAUUUAUUUUCAAGCCUUCUUAAAAAACAGGGUAGUAAAAGGAAGGAGUGGAAAACUUUUCUAGUUUUUGCUGGUAUCAUACUUUUUUGCAAUAUGCUUUUGAGUUUGCAGGAGGGGAGUAAACUAUUUUGCUUCUUCCAUGUACAAGUAAGAUCUCUAUUUCUGUUUUCUUGAAACUUUCUUCCUUCAUGGUGGGUUUCAAUAAUUCUAAGCAUUGUAGUUCUGUUUUAGUGUUUAAUGCGUUGUUGAUAUUAUUCAAAUUUUCUUUGUCCAGAGUUUGAUGAAGAUGAAAAGCCAACAGUUUCUGGUGGUUACCGUGCUGUUGCCUUCUCUUAUGGAAACACUGAUGAUUCUGCUGACCAAAUGAAUGAUGAUGCUGGUUUGGCGUUGUCUAGAUUUUCCCCUUCCUUCCCUGUUCCUGGAAGCCUUUCUCAAAGCUUGGUAAGUUUGAGCUUUUCAGCCUAAGGAUUUUUGUGUAUUUCCAAAUGUCCUUGAUUUUUUCCUUGCCUGCUAACUUGAUUUCCCCAAGCUGGCCAACUAAUAAUCGUCGAAGGUGCAUAUGUCAUCUAUGGCUCACUGUGUCUAAGUUUUCAGAUGCUCGGAGCAGGGAGGGAAUUGUGAUCCAAGGUAGCCAUACACAGGCACCUUGUUUCGUUUUGAUGUCAUGACAUAAGGUCGUGCAGGUGGGAUUAGGAUAUAGAAAUUUUCUUUGAGGACUAUCAAUUUACUACUUGAGAGGGCAAAUGUUGUGUUUAUGAUAUGUAGUGCUCCGGUUCUUGUGCCUCCAACAGAGAAGCUACAUCAGAUAAUUGCAAGGACCGCCAUGUUUGUCAGCAGGCAUGGCGGUCAGUCGGAGAUUGUUCUGCGGGUGAAACAGGGAGAUAAUCCGACCUUUGGGUUCUUGAUGCCGGACCAUGAUCUUCAUGCCUACUUCAGAUAUCUUGUCGACCACCCAGAACUUUUGCAUUUUGACAUUGAUGGAAACUCUCAAAAUGAGAUGAAAAAAGCUGGCAGUGAUCACAAUGAUAUCGACCGCCUUGGAGGUGUAGCGUUGUCAUUGCUUGGAUCUGUAUAUGGGUCUGGAGAGGAAGACGGUGAUGAUAAUGCAGAAACUGGAAAAGAGGUUUCUGGUGAGACUACCAAUGCUGUUGAUAAAACCAUUUCUCAUGGUUCGUUGAAGACCGAAUCAUGUUUAGAUUCAGCUGGUAAAGACGAGGCAGUCUCCAAGAACCCACUUUCUAAUAAAUCAAAGGUUCUUGCAGUGAAGAAGAAUUCUUCAAUUGGUGCUUCUAAGCCUGGAAAGGCAGGUGGCACUAAGAAGAAAGUUGAUUCUCAUUCUUCUUCUAUUGAUGCGGAGAAGUCAAAGGGUGGUUCUGCUUUAGGAGUGACCUCUAAGGUUGAACCUGUAGUUCUGGAGCCUCCAUCUGAUUUAAAGCGAUUAAUUGACAAGAUUGUAGAAUUAAUUAUGAAAUAUGGAAAGCAGUUUGAGGCAACAAUUCUGGAGCAAGAUUGCAAUAAAGAGAGAUUUCUUUUCCUUCUACCAUCAAAUCUGUACCAUCCUUACUAUUUAAAAGUCCUCCAAAAAGCUCAAGAGUCAAAAGUAAACGGCGAGGGAUUCCAUUUUGGAAAAGAUGACCCAGUGGGACGAGGGAUGGAAAAGAAAGCUUCUGUACUUGAGGAUGGUGAUUCUUCAUCCUUAGGUUAUGACAUUCCAUUUGAAUUUGACAGGAAAGAGAAAUUUAAGAUGACGAUAGGCAAAUCAAAGAAGGACACACAGGAGACUGAAUGCAGAGGAACACAGCAAGAAUUUGGAGUCACUGUAGAUGCUGCUGCUGCAGCUGCUAUUCUUCAGGCUGCCACGAGAGGCAUCAAGAAUCCCAAUUUGGGAAUAAUUUCAGGCACAACUCUGAAUGCUAAUCAUUGCCACAACAGUGAAGAUAAUCAGGCUUCUAGUUUAGGCAGUCGUCCUUUUUCUCAACCUCAUGUGACAACUGAAAAGUCUGAUAGGAAUGGAGGUCAUAAUGUUUCUGUUCCUGCUACCAGGACAGUUGCUAGAACAGCUGCUCUUGAAGCUGCUGGUGAGGCUGAUUCUUCUGAGGCACACCUGACCAAAGAGCAAAAGCUGAAAACUGAGAGGCUCAAAAGGGCUAAAAUGUUUGUCGCCAUGUUGAAAAGUGGAGCUGUGCCCUUUAAAACUGGAACAUCGCGUGGCUCGUCGUUAGAACCGCAAGAAUCUGGACUCUCGAAAUCUGCUUGUGAGGUUAAUCUUACCGGUAAACAACGAGAAGGCAGCUCAGCUCCUGUAGAUGUUGAUAAGCUGGCUAUUGAUGAAAAGCUUGAGAGGCAUAAUUUUGGUGAGGAGCAUAAUGAGAGAGUAUCGAGAAGGAAUUAUAGAUCAAGAUCUUGGGAACACGUGGAUGAGGAUGAGAAUGGUGAUGAAAAUGGAGAUAAAGAGGAGCAUAAUGAACGAUACCUGAGACGGAAGUACAGGUCAAACCCUGGUAGACACGAGAAGGAUGAUCUAUAUAGAGAAACAGAGAUGAAGCACUCGAGGAAAAAACACCAUUCUCAUUCUUCUUCUCUGGAAGAUGGAGAAAAAAGUGAAGAGGACAGGGAUCAUAAGCACUCAAAGAGGAAGCAGAGGUCUCGUAGUUCACCAGAAGAUGAAGAAGAUUAUGAAGACAGAGAGAGGGAUGACAAGGAUCGUAAACGGUCUAGGAAGAAGCAUCGAUCUCGCCAUUCUUCUCGUGAACACUCGAGGAAGAGAUCCAAGCGAUAUUCAAUCGAAGAAGAUGAUGAAGAAAAAAGGCACCACAGACACUCCGGGAGAAGGCACCAUUCACAUCGUAGCAGAUGCAAUCGUAGGCACAAAGAAAAGCAUUCUUCUAAAGAAAUAGAAUCUCGAGACCACACCAAGGACGAUGACUCCUCGGAUGAACAUAAAAUGGCAUCUUACAUAGAAAGAGAUGAUGAGUUGGAGGAAGGUGAGAUCAGCUCCAAAGCUUCAGAUGAUUCUAGAGGAAUUGCUAGCAGCCAUGUCUGUAGAGAAACAUCACUUGAUGUAUCGAAUUUGUUCCGGAGGGCCCCAUCUCAACCCCUGGAAGGGACGACUGAGGUCUCUGAUGAUCUUAGAGCCAAAAUCCGUGCAAUGUUGAUGGCAAAUCGGUCGUAAAAGUGUUACUUCGUUUCCACGAAAAUUGGUAAAAUUGAAUGGAGCUGUAAUUACAAUUAAAAAGGGCUGAAGCAAAAAUAUGGUAGAUGUUAUGAUGCUUCAAAAUGCAUUUUCAUAUAGUUGAUAUUUUCAUAAUUUUCUCCCAGGAGUACUUAUUAUUGUUUGAUGUCAUAUGCUUACUUUUCUUUUUUC